GAAGCGGCGCCAUAUUGGCGUCGGCCGCGCUGUAUUGUCAUAAAUAGAGCCGGUUUUGUGGUGUUUUCACUACUCGGUUGGAUGCCUCGGCCGUAGUAAGUGAGAAAGUGAGCGAGCAAGCGAGCUACAAGCGACCGGAGGAAAGUCGAUAGGAGGAGAAAGGAAGAGCAAGAACUUGACUCCAGAGAGAACGAUACUCGCCGGUGAGGGAGACGCAGGAAGCGAUGAAAGAGAUGUCUGCAAACACCAUGCUGGACAGCCAGCGUCAACAAAAGCAUUAUGGAAUCACUUCUCCAAUUAGUUUGGCAUGUCCUAAAGAAAUUGAUCAUAUUUACACACAGAAAUUAAUUGAUGCCAUGAAACCCUUUGGAGUAUUUGAAGAUGAGGAAGAACUGAACCACAGACUCGUUGUUCUUGGUAAAUUGAACAAUUUAGUAAAAGAAUGGAUUUCUGAUGUCAGUGAGAGUAAGAAUCUCCCACCUUCUGUUGUGGCUACUGUUGGUGGUAAAAUUUUCACGUUUGGCUCCUAUAGGCUUGGAGUACACACGAAAGGAGCUGACAUUGAUGCACUUUGUGUAGCUCCAAGACAUGUGGAGAGGUCUGAUUUUUUUCAGUCUUUUUUUGAAAAAUUGAAACAUCAAGAUGGCAUUAGAAACUUAAGAGCUGUAGAAGAUGCCUUUGUACCUGUUAUAAAAUUUGAAUUUGAUGGAAUUGAAAUUGAUCUAGUCUUUGCAAGACUGGCAAUUCAAACCAUAUCAGAUAAUUUAGAUCUAAGAGACGACUCUCGACUGAGAAGCCUUGAUAUAAGGUGUAUUCGCAGCCUAAAUGGUUGUAGAGUUACUGAUGAAAUUUUGCAUUUAGUGCCAAAUAAAGAAACUUUUAGACUCACGCUAAGAGCAGUCAAAUUAUGGGCAAAACGACGUGGUAUUUAUUCCAACAUGCUGGGAUUCCUUGGUGGUGUCUCCUGGGCAAUGCUAGUUGCAAGAACUUGCCAAUUAUAUCCAAAUGCAGCAGCUUCUACUUUAGUUCAUAAGUUCUUUUUAGUUUUUUCCAAAUGGGAGUGGCCAAAUCCUGUGCUGCUGAAGCAACCAGAAGAAAGCAAUUUGAAUUUGCCUGUUUGGGAUCCUCGGGUAAAUCCAUCAGAUAGGUAUCAUCUCAUGCCCAUAAUCACCCCUGCCUACCCACAGCAGAAUUCUACGUAUAAUGUGUCCACCUCAACUCGAACAGUAAUGGUAGAAGAAUUUAAACAAGGUCUUGCAGUCACAGAUGAAAUCCUUCAAGGGAAAUCAGACUGGUCCAAACUACUUGAGCCACCAAAUUUUUUUCAAAAGUAUAGACAUUAUAUAGUAUUGACUGCCAGUGCAUCAACAGAAGAAAACCAUCUAGAGUGGGUUGGAUUAGUAGAAUCUAAAAUUCGUGUGCUUGUUGGAAACUUGGAACGAAAUGAAUUUAUUACUCUUGCCCAUGUAAAUCCCCAGUCAUUCCCAGGAAAUAAGGAACAUCAUAAAGACAACAAUUACGUAUCAAUGUGGUUCCUUGGAAUAAUUUUUCGGAGAGUAGAAAAUGCAGAAAGUGUUAACAUAGACUUGACCUAUGACAUACAGUCGUUUACUGACACAGUGUACAGACAGGCAAAUAAUAUAAACAUGCUAAAGGAAGGAAUGAAAAUUGAAGCAACUCAUGUUAAAAAAAAGCAACUUCAUCACUACCUUCCAGCAGAGAUUCUUCAGAAGAAGAAAAAGCAAAGUCUUUCUGAUGUUAGUCGAAGUUCAAGUGGACCACAGUCCAAAAGAUCAUCUCUAGAUAGCAAUUGUUUGGAUAGCUCCAGGGACACUGAUAAUGGAACACCUUUUAAUUCCCCAGUGUCUACAAACAAACCUUCCAAGCCGGACAUUCCUCCUUCAGGAGAAAUAGAAAGGAAUAAUGCUGAGCCUGCUGCUGUCAUUGUAGAAAAGCCACUGAGUGUCCCACCAGCACAAGGACUAUCUAUCCCAGUCAUUGGUGCAAAAGUUGAUUCUGCAGUAAAAGCUGUAUCACCCCCAGCUGUGUGCACCAUUCCUACUGUAGUAGGACGAAAUGUCAUUCCUAGAAUCCCAACACCACACAACCCUGCCCAGGGACAACCACAUCUUAAUGGAAUGUCAGCUAAGAAUGUUACACACAAGAGAUCCCAUUCCCCAUCCAUAGAUGGGUCUUCUAAGAGGUUGAAAGACAUAGAAAAGUUUAUUCGACUUGAAUCAACAUUUAAGGAAUCACGUGCUCCUGAAGACAGAAAAAGAAAAGCAAUGGAUGCCAUUGGAGGAGAAUGUAUGCCUAUUCCAACUAUUGAUACAUCACGCAAGAAGAGACUACCCAGUAAAGAACUACCAGAUUCAUCAUCUCCAGUUCCAGCAAAUAACAUCCGAGUCAUCAAAAAUUCCAUUCGACUGACCCUUAAUCGGUAAAAGCAGUGCCUCCUUACUUAAGUGAAUAUGCAAUCAUUUAGUGGCGUAGAUGCAGCCACUCUUUAAAAUAGAAGUGGCUGUCGUACAUAAGAUGAGGUGAAAGUUUCAGUCAUCGGACUAACGACCUUGAAGUGGUUUUUGAACUCUCACACUUUGACCUGCAGAUGCCGUAGCAUUCUCUCAUUGAUUGCUACGUACACGUCUGUGAGGAUCACCUGCUAUCAAAUUGUCAUCUGCAGUAUUAACGGCUUUGCGUUGGAGGUUUUACUGCCUUAACUUUCGAUGCUUGUUUCUCUGUUGUGGGAACCAGUUCUUGGCUCUUUGGACACGGAUAAAACAAGUCCUGAACUUUUUUUUUUUUAAGUCUUAUGUUAUAAUCAUUGUAUAGAACUGAAAAAGUUGAAAACACACAAAAAAAAUUGUCUUGUAAUUUUUCAAAUGUUAACACAUUUACUUUAGCAUUGAAGCCACUUUGUGAAACCUGAGAUAAAUGAAUGUGAGGUAUCUUUUCUGCUUUCCUCAUUUGUGUAGAUGUACUUAUUGUCUAUUCUGUUGUUUUAAAUUAUUUUUUUCCAGAAUGGCACAUGGAAUAUUUAAAUUUUUAUUUUUUUGUGCCUUUCUGUCCAAAUGUUGCAUAGUUACCAGGGAGGAUUAGUCCAGUGAUUACAUAAGAGUUGGGCACCAUAAAUUCUCUAUAUUUUGCCUCCCAUGGAGGCCUUUGAAAUGCAUCUUUAUUAAGAAUCAAAAUAUAACCAAGAUACUGAAAGUCAGUAUGUGAAUGGUGAAAUUGUUACAUAUCCUAGCUCAUGCCAUUCUUGUUAGUUGACUGGUAUUUUUUACUGAGGAGCAAUUCAUUCCAGCACCAACAAUAAGAUACCUUGAAGUAUGGCAAACUUGUAUUUUUGAGGUGUAAAAUUAACUUGGCAUGGUAAUUCUUGGCCAUUACUUACCCCACAACUUCAAACAGUUCAUGGACUAGGCAUGCAGAAAUAAGCAGUGGAUUUUACUGAAACCUAAAGGCAUUUUUGAAUGACAUUGUUACCAACCAUUAAUUGGCUCAGGACCUUUGUAACUUUUAUUUAACUAUAUGAGUUGUCUUUUUUUACACUGCUUUUUUCAAUGCAUUUCUUAAUAUUUUUUAAGUUUCAUGAAUGCAUGCUCAGUUUAUUAAAAUCCAUAACCAUGUAAUUCUUGUAAUAUGUUGAUUCAGUGUUUUGUAAAUGAAGUCGUAUGUAUUUUCAGAGUAUUUUUGUAUGUACUGUAAGAUACCAUCUUUUCAAAGAGAAAACUUUAAAACCUUUACUGUCUCUCUUUAGUCUAAUUUUUUAAAUGUGGAUUAUGCUUGAAUUAUUCUUAAGAUGAAAAUGUAUAGAUUGGACAGCCAGGAGUGCUAGUAUUUAUUACCUUCUUCAGCUUUUCACUCAGCAAUUUAGUAGGUUCUGGUAGGAAAAACACAAAAUGGUACAUUUGAAUAGUGCAGGGAAAAUACUUGGUUGUAUAUUUUAUAGGACUCAUUGGGACUCAUUUAGCCCAAGGAAUAACAGUCCAUACUCUCUUGCGAGCCCCUUACCACCAAGUUGAAAUGCUUGGAAUUCUGUCAGAGAGCAGUAUCCUUCACCCAUGCCUGUUCCCUGAUCCCUAGGUUUCCGAAAUGGAAAUUCUAGCAUUUAACUCUUACAAAGGAAAACUUAGAAGAGCAAGGAAAAAGUAAUGAUUGUCCCAUUAUUCACUUUUUACAUGGCAAAAAACAAGAAUGAAAUCCUAUAAACCCAAGUUGUAGCUCGGUUGGAAAGCUCUUUUGGCUCUUUUCCUUUAUUCAGAUAUUCCAAGACUUGUUCUAUAAAUACUCUUCAAGCAAAAGUAAAUGAUUAUGAAAGGACUAAAUAACUGUCACCUGACUUCAGACUUUGAAAAAUUCUUAAGAUUUGAGUAAAUUUUAUAUAUGUGAUAUGUUUGCAUUUCUGUGUUUAAUAACCUAUUUUCCCCUUCGAUUAUCAGUCUUCAGGGUCUCUAAGAAUUCUCAUGUUUACCCUCCUUUUUAAACAGAUUCUUUGGAAUGACUAGUGGAGUUUUUAAUAAAAGAAAGCUACAGGCUUAACCCUG